AACUGUAAGACAGGUUGAUGGACUUGGAACCUUUCUUGUUUGUCCCCACCAUGUUUAUAAAGAACAACUGGAUCUUCUGAUGUGACAACAACCUUGGAUUGAAAAUCCUAUAGAUCAGUCUCCAAAGUACCAUCGAGAGAAUUUUUUAUUACUACACUCAUAUUGCGUAACAAUUUGUUUCAUAUUCUACCCUAUCAAAAGUUAUCGAGCAGUCGUCUUCAAUUAUUGUUGGAAGUGGGAUCGAAAAUUUGAUUCGUGUUAAAUAGAACUUUGUACACAUAUACAAAUAAAACAUCAUGAAUUCAAUUAUUAAAAACAUUUCUCCCAAGAUACUGAGAAAAAUAAUGCAAAGUUCACAGAUGCAUUUAACAGCAUCUUUAAGUCAAUGUCCCGGACCUUUGACCCAAUACACGGACGAUGAAGUUAUGAUGAGGGAUUCAGUUGCGAAAUUAAGUAAAGAACAAAUUGAACCACUUGUGAAGAAAAUGGAAAAGGAAGGAAAACUUGAUGAUAAACUUGUUAAAACUCUAUUUGAAAAUGGGUUAAUGGGAAUGCAAGUGCCAGCGGAAUAUGGAGGCACUGAAAGUACAUUUAUGUCAACAAUUUUAGCAGUCGAGGAAUUAGCAAAAGUUGAUGGAUCUGUUGCCGCAUUUGUUGAUAUUCACAAUACUCUAGUCAAUUCAUUAGUUAUAAAAGUAGCUUCACAUGAACAAAAAGUUAAAUAUUUAACGAGAUUAGCUCAAACAGAUGUUGGCAGUUUUUGUUUGACAGAACCCAGUUCAGGAUCAGAUGCAUUUUCUCUUAAGACUGUUGCAAAAAAAGAUGGAAACAAUUAUAUUAUUAAUGGAUCAAAAAUGUGGAUUUCAAAUUCUGAUGUCGCUGGAAUUUUUGUUGUAUUUGCCAAUGCAAAUCCAUCAGAUGGAUACAGAGGAAUCACUGCCUUUAUAAUGGACAGAAAUUCGCCAGGUGUGACUGUCGCCAAACCUGAAGAUAAAUUGGGUAUAAAAGCAUCAGGAACUUGUAUGGUUCAUUUUGAAAAUGUCAAAGUUCCAGAAGAAAAUAUAUUAGGAGAAUUCGGAAAAGGAUAUAAAUAUGCAGCGGGAUUUUUAAAUGAAGGUAGAAUUGGAAUUGGAGCACAAAUGAUUGGAAUUGCACAGGGUUGUUUGGAUGCAACAAUUCCUUAUACAUUGGAACGAAAACAAUUUGGAAAUGAUAUUUUUUCAUUUCAGUCGAUGCAACAUCAAAUCGCACAGGUCGCAACAGAAUUAGAAAGUGCAAGAUUAUUAGUUUAUAAUGCUGCAAGAAUGGUUGAUGCAAAUCAAGAUGUUAUGAAAGAAGCAGCGAUGGCAAAAUUAUUUUCAUCAGAAACUGCACUGAAAGUGACAGCAAAAUGUAUUGACUUUAUGGGUGGUGUUGGAUUUACAACAGAUUUCCCUCAGGAAAAAUUCUUUAGAGAUUGUAAAAUUGGAACAAUUUAUGAAGGCACAAGUAAUAUGCAAUUAUCAACUAUUGCCAAAUGUAUCCGAAAACAAUAUUCGUAAUUAAUUUUUUCUAAAUUACGAUAAUUAUAUAAUUAAAAUUCCUGAAAAAUUAAUAUUUUUUGGGAAAUUAUAUGAGCCAUUAAACAAAAGUAUUAUUAAAAUA